AUGACGGUCCCUUCUGUCCUGCUUCUCUUUCUUCUGUCCUCGGUGCGAGCCACUGAGCAACCGCAGGUCGUCACUGAGCAUCCCAGCAUGGAGGCAGCCCUGACCGGGCCCAACGCCUCACACUUCUGGGCCAACUACACUUUCUCUGACUGGCAGAACUUCGUGGGCAGGAGACGCUAUGGGGCCGAGUCCCAGAACCCUACGGUGAAAGCCCUGCUCAUCGUAGCCUACUCCUUCAUCAUCAUCUUCUCGCUCUUCGGCAAUGUCCUGGUCUGUCAUGUCAUCUUCAAGAACCAGCGCAUGCACUCAGCCACCAGCCUCUUCAUCGUCAACCUGGCAGUGGCAGACAUCAUGAUCACAUUGCUCAACACGCCCUUCACUUUGGUCCGAUUUGUGAACAGCACAUGGGUGUUUGGGAAGGGCAUGUGUCAUGUCAGUCGCUUUGCCCAGUACUGUUCUCUACAUGUCUCAGCACUGACCCUGACAGCUAUUGCUGUGGACCGUCACCAGGUCAUCAUGCAUCCCUUGAAGCCCCGGAUCUCCAUCACCAAGGGUGUCAUCUAUAUUGCUGUCAUCUGGGUCAUGGCUACCUUCUUCUCUCUGCCACAUGCUAUCUGCCAGAAACUGUUUACCUUCAAGUACAGUGAGGACAUUGUACGCUCCCUCUGCCUGCCGGACUUCCCAGAGCCAGCUGACCUCUUCUGGAAGUACCUGGACCUGGCCACCUUCAUCCUGCUCUACCUACUUCCCCUCUUCAUCAUCUCAGUGGCCUAUGCUCGUGUGGCCAAGAAGCUGUGGCUCUGUAACACCAUCGGUGACGUGACCACAGAGCAGUACCUCGCCCUGCGACGCAAGAAGAAGACCACCGUGAAGAUGCUGGUACUUGUGGUAGUCCUCUUUGCCCUCUGCUGGUUCCCCCUCAACUGCUAUGUCCUCCUCCUGUCCAGCAAGGCCAUUCACACCAACAAUGCCCUCUACUUUGCCUUCCACUGGUUUGCCAUGAGCAGCACUUGUUAUAACCCCUUCAUCUACUGCUGGCUCAAUGAGAACUUUAGGGUGGAGCUAAAGGCAUUGCUGAGCAUGUGCCAAAGGCCACCCAAGCCUCGGGAAGACAGGAUGCCCUCCCCAGUUCCUUCCUUCAGGGUGGCAUGGACAGAGAAGAGCCAUGGUCGGAGGGCUCCACUAGCUAAUCACCACAUGCCCUCUUCCCAGUUCCAGACUGGGAAGACAGAUCUGUCCUCUGUGGAACCCAUUGUGGCCAUGAGUUAG